AUGGGAAUCCCAUUCGACUACGCGCCAGACCGGCCAGAGCACAUUGAUGCGAUCUUAAAUGGCCUCGAUAGAUACAACCCCGAGACGACAGCCAUCUUUCAAGAAUAUGUCGUACAACAGUGUGAGGGCAAGUUCGUGGACUGUUUUGCGAACUUGGCAUUGUUGAAGCUAUACCAAUUCAAUCCCCACCUCACUAAAGAUGAAACUAUCACCAACAUCCUCGUCAAAUCCCUCACCGUCUUCCCUUCGCCCGACUUCUCACUCGCUCUCCAUCUUCUCCCACCACAUAUCCUCACCCCAAUAUCAGCAUCCUCUGCUCUCCCAGCAGCAGGCGACGCACCCCUCUCCGAAGCAGUACAGAAGCUCAAUGUCCUGAACAACCUCCUCGGACAAGCCUCCUAUUCCCUUUUCUGGAGUACCCUCGAUAGCGAUGACCUGUACGCCGACUUGAUUGCUGACGUCGCCGGUUUCGAAGAGCUGAUCCGUGUUCGAAUCGCCCUUAACAUAUCUCAAUCUGUUCGGGAAGUCGAGAGACCGGUCCUGGAAUCAUGGCUGGGAAUGCAGGGCGAGGCAUUCGAGAAAUUCGUUAGCGGUGUUUGUGGAUGGGAGAUGGAGGGCACGGUCAUCAAGGUUCCAUUGAACAAGGAGAACGAGGCGAAAGGAACUGUUGUUAGGGAGAAUGUCAAGAUGGAGCAGUUCUCGAGGGUGAUUAGAAGAGCUUACGAGCAACCUGCUUGA